AUGUCUGAACCCACCAACCUUCAUCAUCAGCUUCUUCUACGAUCCGCUAUCAUCGGCGAUAAGGAUAAUUGGUCCGGUGUAGCCGACUCGGCAAAACGGAAGAAGAUUCAGAAUCGCAUCAAUCAGCGGUCGCACCGUGCUCGUCAACGACACAAGCCUUCGCCUUGUACUCUCGGGCCCUCGACUGCCGUACCCACGGUCCCCCACCGCAAUGCUACAUCCAUUCCCUCCAUCCGGGUCUUGAUCACCGCUGUCCUGAACCACGAAUUAGAUCUCAAGAUGCUUGUAGACAAAAUUAGCAUACUUCAGUUGCAUUCUUGGGACAAUCACGCCAUAAUUCGUGUAUUCGAAACAAUUGCGAGCCACGACAGAAGAACUGGGAUCAUUAGGUCCAACAUGCUCUCUAGCCUAUCUCAGUUCAACUUUUCUCGGGCAUUGAUGCUAAAUGCAGAGGUCUUUGGCCUCUCUGCUGAUCACAUGCACGAUGAUGCCUGCUCACUAUUCGUUGUUGCUGGGCCUUGGCCCGUCAGCGUGAAUAUCAACACGGAAACUUUGCCUCAUGGUCUUCGGCCGACCAGUCUUCAAUAUCGCACAGAGCACCAUCCCUGGAUAGAUCUACUCCCAGUAGCUCAACUCCGCGAUAACAUACUUGAACGAAGCGUUGAUACAUAUGACGAAGCGGGUCUAUGUCGUGCCUUUACGGGGCGUGGUCACGGUCAAGGUACUGGGGUGAUUGUCUGGCGCGAACCGUGGGAUCCUAGCGGAUGGGAAGUUACGGCAGAGUUUGCUCGAUCCUGGGGCUGGGUCAUUUCAGACUGCUUCGACCUAUUCAGGUCUACCGAUAUGUGGCGCUCUCAAAGAGGCGAGCGUCCUCUGUUCAGAUCCCAGUAA